AUGUCGACCAUACGGCAGAUUGCAGUAUUCCUUUGCUGUAUAUUCGUUCUUGCAUCGGCAGCACCGAGGCCGGACAGCGCUGGUGAUUUUCCACUACCAGCUCCUGGUCUAGCUUAUGGUGGUAUCCCGUAUGGCAGUAUGAGUGGAAAUGUUGCUGAGUUUUUCAAACACAGAAACCCAAUUUAUAGCAAGCUGAGCAUAGGACAUGCCUAUGCGCCCAUUGAGCAGUACUUAUAA